AUGCCAGGCCCCAUCUGGAAACCUGGCUACAACCUCCCCACACCAUGUCCACCUGUGAACCUCAGGUCCCUUCCAAAGGUCAAGUGCCGUAUUUGCUGUGGUAGUCACAUCAUUCUAAGCCAGGGCCAGGGAACCACGGACUUUACCUCCAAGUGUGUGGCCGGCUACUUCCAGGGUGGUCAGAGCCUCCACUCCACACUGACCCAGGGCAGCCUCAGCCUCGCGGGGCGUGCCUGCCUAGAGCACCACCUGAUCCCCUGGAGCCCUGGCUUCCGGGGAGGCUACAAGAGCGUGGAUCUGGGCGACCAGAACCAGAGGCACCUCAGCCACCAGAACAAAGAUGGAGUUGAGACAAGGCCCGCAAGGGGUCAUCGCCGAGAUUUCCAGCAGCCUGCAAGCAACAGCCUGGCAGCCAUCCCCUCCAGCGGCUCGCUUGUGGCCUCCCACGACUAUUACUGGUGCCGCCUGGGCUCCCCUUCCAGUAACAGCUCCUGCAGAAGUGCAGAGUAUGCUGGGGAAGCCAUCCCUCACCACCCCAGUCUCCCCAAGGCCGACCCGGGGCACUGGUGGGCAAGCUUCUUUUUUGGGAAGUCCACUCUCCCAUACUCGGCUGCAGUGUUGGAGUCCCCAGAAAGCUUGGCAUCUUCCCAAGCUUCCAGCAGCAGGAUCCUCUGGGACUUGGCUCUGGAAGCCAUGAGGAAGCAGCGUGGUGGGCAGCCUGCAAAGCCAACGUGGGGCCCCCAUCCUGAGAGACCACCCCCCAUUCCCCCACCCCCCGCCUUUAGGAGGCACUGGGCUCAUCAGAACCCCUCCCCUCCCCUUCCCCUAGACUAG